AUGAUUUCUUUAAUUGAUUGCACGACUACACCUCCUGUUUCAGAUAUGAUUUGGAUUCAAGGUGGGAAAGCUUCUGCUUCCAAUUAUAACUCUACAAACAACUACGUUAAUAACUCACCAGGACUUUUCUUUGGAACUACUGUUGGUAGAGCUAAUGCAUCGUUUAUAAACGUAGUAUCAGGAACUUCUACAUAUACUGCUGUUUUUUACUCACUUUCGGAUUGUCUUUUGAAAUAUUCAAAUUUUUAUAAAAAUAAAGUUAAUGAUGAAACUCAAUGGUUCUUACAGAUUGGCGUAGAAACAUCAUCUGUUGAUCAUUGCGUUUUUGUUCAAAAUAAUGCAAAGAAUUUUUUGAACCAACCAAUUUCAGUUUCAAAUUGUUCGUUUGACCAAAAUUCGUUUAGUUCUAUUCCUUCUUCGAUACCAUACAUAGGGUUGAAUAGCUUUGUCGUGAAUACUGAAUGCCAUAUGUGGAAACAAGACAACUGCAACAAAAAGUAUUCAUGUGUUUCCCAAUAUUUCAAUAUGAACUAUUUUCUAUCUUCUUUCUCCAUCUUCAUUCUUUUCCUCUAA